UUUCAGUUGACUGGUCACAUUGUUCAACCCAAACUGACUCGGGAAUUUUAGUGAAAUCAUUAGUUGAAAACUAUGAUUUUCACGACAAACAAAUGUGAUUUGAAAACUUAAAAGAACUCGAACCGAUUAUUGAUAACAAGGAGGAGGCGUAUGCGAUAAUUAAUUUAAAAAGGGUCCACACAUUUUAAAAAAAUGCGAAGGAAUACCAUUUGGAACUACUCUUUCAUAUUUCUAUGCUGUGUGCUUAAGAGCAUAAGUACUCUGGAUCAUGGCACACACACAGUUUCCGUCGUUUCGAAUCGCUACAAUGCGCAACAUCAGUAUAAGCAAAAUCCCAAUGUAGCCUCACGCCACUCGUCCAAUGAGGCUGCUGGCCAAAGUAUACAUCAUUCACCCGGAUCUAAUUUGCAUAUGACCGUCGAAUCGGAUCCUUCGGUCGUGCAUUCCCCAUCAAUGGCUGUUCAUGUUACACAUAUCGCUGCUUCGCAUGCCGGAAGUGGAGGAGAACAUUCGACUCAUCUUGAACACAAUCUGCACAGAAGUUCUUAUAAUCUCCUUAGCGAGGCAAUGUCCCAAGCUGUCAGCAAUGAAUUUAGUUCCAUGGGAAGCGGUUCAGCAGAUGGCGCGUGCGCUGCAGAUGAUUUUGACUGCUACAGCGGAAGCGUGCAGGAUCGUUUUGGCAUGGAGGCUAUUGCUAGCUUACAUAGACAACUUGAUGACGAUGAUAAUGGAAACAUCGAUUUGAGUGAAUCUGAUGACUUUUUGCGGGAAGAAUUGAAGUACGAUUCAGGAUAUGAAAAACGGCAGAAAGCGUUUCACUUCAAUGACGAUAUGCAUAUAUCAGUCAAAGAGCUGUGGGAGGCUUGGCUGCGAUCAGAGGUGCACAAUUGGACCAUCGAGCAGACCACAGAUUGGUUGGCACAAUCUGUACAGCUUCCCCAAUACGUCGAUUUGUUCAAAUUACAUAAGGUUACUGGAGCUGCAUUGCCAAGGUUAGCUGUGAAUAACCUGCAGUACGUAGGCAAUGUCCUUGGAAUAAAAGACCCCAUACAUAAACAAAAGAUUUCACUAAAAGCAAUGGACGUAGUUCUUUUUGGGCCCCCAAGGGAAACUGGGACCCGUUGGAAGGACUACAUUCUGGUGACUCUGUUGCUUAGCGCAAUUAUUGGUUGUUGGUACGCCUAUCAGCAAAACAAAAAUGCCAAGCGUCACCUGCGACGAAUGGCACAGGAUAUGGAGGGAUUGCAGAGAGCUGAACAAAGUUUACAGGAAAUGCAGAAGGAACUAGAACGAGCCAGGAUGGAACAAGAAAAUGUGGCUACAGAAAAGUUAGAUUUGGAGCGGCGUUUAAAGGAAGCCCCCACACUAAGUUCAUCGAAUUCGGAUUUGGAAGUGCAGCAGCUUAAGAAAGAGAUAGAAAUGUUGCGUAAUGAGUUGUCUCGGGCCGAAUUCGAGCUGGUUGACAAUUGCUGGGCACCACCACCGCAACUCCAAUCGUGGCUGCAGUACACUUAUGAACUAGAGAAUAAGAAUCAUCAGAAGAAACGCACAUCGGCAGAGAAACAGCUUCAGUCGGCCAGGGAGGCAUGCGAGAAAUUGCGCAAGAAGCGAUCCAGUUUGGUGGGAGCCUUUGUUUCCACACACGGCAAAAGUAUUGAUGAUGUUGAUCGAUCGAUUGUUGAGGCACGCAAUGCCCUUGGCGAAGUGACAAAUGAGUUGCAAGAACGACUUCAUCGCUGGAAACAAAUUGAGACAUGCCUCGGCUUGAAUAUUGUGAAUAACAAUGGUCUUCCCUAUUUGGAAAAUGUUCUGUAUGGUCGAAAUGGAGGCUUACAAAGUUCUAUGAGUGUGGGAUCCACAAAGGGUUCUAGAACACGUAUUACCAACAGCACCGAAGACCUUGAUGAUGAAUCUGUGCAGGGUAAGAUGAAUUUCGAGAACUUUUCGCUGCUCGCCACGGAAUAAAAAUAAAGGCUUGUGCGCUCGGUCUGUGAGGACAAUAAAAUACAGCUCUUGAGUAACUACUUGACGAACUAAAUAAAAAUUAAACCGCUUAUUGAACCCUGAAUGAAAACUGUUUUACAUUAAGAUACUGUAUUAAUGAAGGUCAUAUAACAUUAUGUGUGUGUAUGAUAUUUUAAUCUCUAUAUUUGUAAUAUAUUCAUUUUAUUUUUGAUGUAUACAAAAUGUCAUCUACUUAAAUAUUUGUCAAAACACAACGAAUACUAUAAAACUAAACUGAGUUUUGUACGUAAUAAUGAACUUAUUAAAGGGCGGUCAGUAUGUGGCGAAUUAUUUAAGAACGUGAAUAAAUUAUUGAUGUGGGCAA